UCGACUUCAAAAGGCGACAUUUUUGACUAAGUGACAAAAUAUGAAUGAGGUCUGUGAAAACAGCGCCUUUAUACCACCUUGAUGGAGGCGUUUGAAAUAUUGCUAUGUGUGUUUUCCAUCCUAGGGAUUUCGGAACGUGUACAUGGUAUAGGUGUGGGUCAGGUAGAACUGACAUUAGCAGUGCGGAAUGGGGAUACAUUCCAGUAUGUUUUCUCAGAAGUUCAGAGCUCUAGACCAAGUGACACUGUUAUUGAAGUUAGGCUCAGUGUGACACUCCCCUUCACUGGACAAAAUGUACCAUUUGAAAGUAAUGUAACAGUAUCGUGUGGAUUAACACCUGACUCUGCUGGCUACAGUCAGGCAAACUUUAAUGAUACUUUUGUGGAUGUAGAUGUCAACAAUACUGCCUUUGUUCCCUUCAUCAUCAUUGCUGCUGGUCGUCCAGCCAGUCUCCAGUGCUGGGGCGUAUCUUCACCCAUCUUAAAUGCUACAGACCCUCCCCAGUUUUCUAAGGCUACUUCUAUAAGCCCUCCAAGCACAUUUGUCAUUACAAGAGUUGCUACAAUCAACUUUUGUUCAGAAACAAUCAUUGUUCCAAAUCAGGAGUCCUCUGUGUGUACAGAAUGUAAAUUCCUUCUACAGUUCAGUGAACCAAUUCAAGACAACAAUGUGACAAUAUCAUGCACUGUUCCCACAGUUACAGACCAGCGUCAGCUGAAUAUAAGUAUAAGUGACCACACGGCUGUGAUUGGAGAUACUAGUAUUGAGGUCAGCUACAGCAUUUUAAACCCUGGCAUUCAAAUCAAUGUGGUCUCUCCAAUCGAUGUGACCUGUACAGCACAGUCUGAAGGCAGCGGGUGGCAGUAUGAUAGGAACACAGAAAAUGCUACUGCCCAGUUCCAGCUUGACCAGGGCAGUGUCAGCUUACUACCUCAGUAUACACACACUGAGGGGACCAGACUCACUGCUCUCCUGGCUUUAGAUGUUGGAGUUAAUGGGCAGGUGGCCUUCACAUGCAGCGUGGUGACUGUGAACAGCACUAGUGUGGCUAAAGCACUGGCUCAGGAGAAUUACUGCCCAGUAGCCUCACCUUCAACACCAGGUCCUGUUACUACCACCACUACUACCACUCCCACAACCUCUGCAGCAGAUGCAGGCACUACCCAAAGCAACAGUACAGCAAAUAGCACUGCAGAAACCACAACACCAGUGAUGGAAAAUACAACUAUUUCAGUUACUACAACAGUCAACAGCACCACUGUUGAAGCUAAUACAACUGCAUCUUCAAACAUGACAACAUUAACAGCCAAUACAACUGAAGCUCCAACUACUACAACUGAAAUAAUGAACACAACUACAGCUAAUGUAACAGUAGGGAAUGCAACCAGUGAACAAACAACUGCACCAACUUUUGCAGCAAGUAUAUCCACAACAACAAGUGUUAACAGUACUGAUAAUGCAACAUCAGCAGUGCCCGUAACAACACUGCCAACAACACCGCCAACAACACCAGUAGCAAAUGUGACCAAUCAGUGGAGUAUUUCACCAACAAAUCCAACUUUUCUGAGCAAUGAAAUUGUCAAAGAAGUCAUAAUAGAAAGAAAAGUAGAUCCCCAAGUGGAGACACAAGAAGUAAUUCUGGUGAGAUGCUGUGCUGAGGAUAGUAGCUUUAGAAGAUUUGCUGGGAAAACUGCUGAACUUAUUGCCACAGUGACCAGUUCUCCACUGUCUGCUAUUAAUGGGACAUUGGCUACCACUGGUGCCAACAUAACAGUGGAGAGUACCUUCCCAAAUCCUGCCUAUGUGGAGUUAGCCCCCUGUCCUUGUGACCUCACCUCCGGCCACUGUGAUACUGGAUGCUGUUGUGAUAGUGACUGUACCUCUGCAGACAUUGCCAGUUUUCAGUGUCUCCCAGGUGUGUUUGGAGGAUCUGGUGGCGGUGUGGUGGACCACAGCUGUGCCAGCCCAAGGUUUGAUAAGGAGGAUUGGUUCCCAUUGAUGUGUGUGCACCAAGAGAACAGCCCCUUGCUGGGCAUGUUCUUUCAGACUGAGCCUGCUUUGAGAACCACCACUGCAUUUAAUACUAGAGUUGGCUCCAGCAAGCCAAAUUAUACAUUCGAGGAGAAUGAUGACCAGAGCAUAUUUGAGACAGUUCCUGGAUUAAACCCUGGCUAUAGGCAGGGAGAUGGUAUCAAGACAUCCUCUGUUCUACAGGGGUACUUGUCCAUUCCUCAACGAUCACUUAGUGGAGAAUGCAUUAGCUCGGCCCCUGUCCAGUUCUUAAAAGACUUAGACUCAUCCUGCGUGCAUCACUUAACUGAAUCUCUUUGUCAGGAAAGCUCUCCUUUGAAUGCUCGGACUUAUAUAACGUCCACUAGACUGACCAACCCACCCUGUCCACAGAGGCCAGCCAUAUUGAAGUCAAUGAACACUGAAGCUGAUGUAGAUACACAUUAUUUUUGUUUGGAAGAUUUAUCAGCCUAUGUGAAAUCACAGCAGACUUUGAAUGAUUUUUAUAAGCCCACUCAGAAGUAUUUAUUCAGAGAACUUAAAACAUUUGAUAAUACAACUGGAACUAAUAAUUUUACUUAUUCUGAGGUAAUUAUUGAACAGAAUGCUACAGAUGUAGGGAAAGCACAGAGAUGUGUCUGGGAUGAUGGUUUUACUCUCCCCCCAAUACCCGAAUAUAACAGGACGACAAAUACCUGCAUGAAUGCUGUGUUGAAAGUUACCUACGAUUUCUACUGGCAAAUGGGGAACAUUGUUAAUGUUAGUGCUGUCAUUGUACUGGGCAGUAUAUCCCUAGAACAGGUCCGUAGGGAUAAUAGAACUAUUACUAAUACAGUUCAGAUACCAGAAUCUUAUGAGACUGUUAACAUGACCACAGAAGCACCUGGGGUCAAUCAGACUUUGGUGAAUGUGACACAACCAGUUAAUAACACAAUACCUAGGAGAGAAGAGACAUACACUGUGGAGAAUACCACUACCACUACCAGUGCCACUGUUCUCACCCAGGUAUUCACUGUGAGGUUUAUACAUGAUUAUCUGGAUGUGAAUGCAAGUACAUCAGAUAAUGAGACAGAGAGGUUGGAGUUUGAGGACCGUUCUGGAAAUCCAGGUUAUGAUUUUAUGAAGCCUGUAUUAAGUGGAAAUCCAGUGUAUGAUCCUGUCCUGUCAGAUUUUAGCUAUGUUGAUGCCAAUUUAUCUCAGGCACUGGCCUUGUGGAAACCAGGUCCAAGUGGUUUGUGUUACCAUGCUACAAGACACACAAUAACAUUUGGAGAAGAUGCCACAAGUAGCUGUAUACUGAGACUGGGUCUAGAAGAGCUGAAGAAUUGUUCUUCACUGAGGGAACUAAUUCUAACAGAACAGACCAAGCUUAUGUCAGCACAGUAUAUUGCCACUGUUGGAAAUCCAGACAGGGCCAAUCUGGAAGAUUGGGUAGCUGUUCUCAGAGAAUCUAUACAGUUCAAUGCAAGCACUGUGACCACACAACUACCCUCAACCACUGUUGAGAUGACCACAGCACAACAGGAGACAACGUCCAUAAUGGACACCACCACUAGCACAACCAAUAUGACAGAGAAUGUUACAGAAGAGAUCCACCAGUACAACCUGUUUGACCAAGUGGAGGGUGUAUGCCAGAGUGUACCUACAGGGAUUCACGUGGUGAUCAUGUAUGCUGAGGUUGGCAGACAGGAUGCUGUGUACAUCAAGCAGAUUGUAGGGGCUAAAGUUAGUUACUCCCUGUCUACGUGGCAGAUGGACUGUUUGGGGGCCAGUGGUCCAGCUUGUGCCAAUGUAUCUACAGAGGGCCUAGUACAGUCUUUCCUGCUACAGAGUACUGUAACCUUUGUCAAGGUGCCUGCUGCUGAACCUGUCCAGCCUAUCAAGUAUCUUGCUGGAAUAAACCCAUCUCUAUGUAAAGGGGAGACAUGUGAAAGACAGCUUCUCUAUCCUUUCACCUCAGCCUAUCAGGGAGACCCUAUCAUGUAUCGUGUGGGAUUUGGACUCCUUGUCAUUUUUUCUUCCAUUGGACUUAUCAUAACACUGCAGCCGUGGAUACAAAAACUGGUAGCAGCUGUACAUAGAAGCAUAUUGUUUCUAUGAUAUCUCUUUAAAAUAUUUUUAAAUGUUGCAUUCUGGCAUACAAUAACAAUCUUGUUUAAUAUAUUGGGCAAGAGUUUUUUGUCAAUAUAUUUGCCCAUAUUUAUUGAUAAGAAGAGAUUCACUGUGUUGUGCUUUACAUUGCAUCACUGACUGAAGUUUCUUUAGGUUUUAGGACAAAAGUCACACAGAAAAUACUUAUUCAUGUUUUCCCAGAUUAUCUGAAAGAAAUGAAUAUGUAAGGAGAAUUUUGAUAUAUUUCUUAAUCUCUUAAGCAGUGUGAUACUGAAUUGUAGCAAACAAAAAUAGCUAAAUAGCACAUUUUAGCUUACUUUUUCAUAGGUUUUAAGUUUUAUGUUUUCUGUAGACAAAUUCAGAAUGUAGAGAAUAUUAAACCCGUCCAUUGUUUAGAUGUCUAAAAUUG